GUGGCCGUGACGCUAGCAGCUUCUUGCAACCUGACAGCACUGGAGCUCACUGCUCUCUGCAGACCGGUGGUUCCACAACUACAAAACAUAAAACAAUCAUCAACACAGCAACUUCAAACCACCUUCAAAAACAGGCAGCCAGAAGCUGCAUGCAGCAAUGUGAUUAUUGCUCACAAACUGGCUAGAAAGUGUUGAUAAAUCACAAACUGGCUAGCAAGUGUUGAUAAAUCACUGUUCAUUUUGAGAUACUCCAGUAACUGCACAGAUCAUACAUUUCUGCUACCUACACUGAACAGAAAUAUAAACGCCAUGUAAAGUGUUGGUCCCAUGUUUCAUGAGCUGAAAUAAAAAAUUGCAGAAAAAGCUUAUUUCUCUCAAAUUUUGUACACAAACCUGUUAGUGAGCAUUUCUCCUUUGCCAAGAUAAUCCAUCCACCUGACAGGCGUGGCAUAUCAAGAAGCUGAUUAAACAGCAUGAUCAUUACACAGGUGCACCUUGUGCUAAAACAAUAAAAGGCUACUUUAAAAUGUGCAGUUUUGUCACACAUACAAUGCCACAGAUGUUUCAAGUUGAGGGAGCAUGUAAUUGGCAUGCUUACUGCAGGAAUGUCCACCAGAGCUGUUGCCAGAGAAUUGAAUGUUCAUUUCUACCAUUAACUGCCUCCAAUGUCGUUUUAGAGAAUUUGGCAGUACGUCCAAACGGCAUCACAACCACAGACCACCCGUAAACACGCCAGCCCAGGACCUCCACAUCCGGCUUCUUCACCUGCGGGAUCGUCUGAGGGGGGUGCUGAGGAGUAUUUCUGUCAGUAAUGAAGCCCUUUUGUGGGGAAAACUCAUUCUGAUUGGCUGGGCCUGACUCCCCAGUGGGCUCCCCUAUGCCCUCCCAUGGCUGGGCCUGACUCCCCAGUGGGCUCCCCUAUGCCCUCCCAGGCCCACCCAUGGCUGCACCCCUGCCCAGUCAUGUGGAAUCCAUAGAUUAGGGAAAAAUGAAUUUAUUUCAAUUGACUCAUUUCCUUACAUGAACUGUAACGCGGUAAAAUCUCUGAAAUUGUUGCGUUUAUAUUUUUGUUCAGUACAGACAGCUAACAAACUAGCUAGCUAAUCGGUUUAGUGAAGUGUAGCAAACUGGCAGUAUAUCUAAAUCCAGACUACCAGUCCUCAAACUAGCAUCAUUAAAUAACGUUAUCUAGCUAGCUAGCUGUCAAUUGCAUGCAUGGGAUUUCGUAUAAAAAAGCGACAUACUUACAUUGAGCCUCCUGCAUUCAAAGAACCAGCAACCUGUUGGCAAAUACUCCUGACAGAAUUAGAUAAUAUACAGUUUAAUGUAUACAUGAUUAGCUAAUAUAUUUUAGCUACUGGAAACCAGCACGUUAGCUAGCGUUACACAACAACAUGUGUGACAUUGAGGAGGUUUCCACUAGAUAGCACAGUCACAAAGUCAGAAUUGGCUAUAUCGUAAAUUUUCAUGAAAACAGACAUUUGCUUUUUGGUCUUAAUUUAAAGUUAGGGUUAGGCAUACGGUUAGCAGUGUGGUUAGGUUUAAAAUCAGAUUAUAAGAAGAUACAUUGUAGAAAUAGGCGGGAUUCCUGACUUUGUGACUGUAGUAACUAGUGACGGAUCCAUUUAGUAUGACGCGUUUCCUGGAAUAGUACAUUAUCCAUAAUGUGGGGGAGCGAUACAAAUGAGAUGAACAUAUUUAGUUCUAAAAUCUUAUCCAUAAACCUUUUUAUUUCUACAUUAAAUGUAUCUAAGAUCAAUUUAAACAAAUAUAUUUCAAUGAAGCUACAUCUUAAUAUUUAUUUAUUUCAAACUACAUUUAUCUUCAUUUCCUCUAUCCCUUUUUCCUUACGCCCUUCUUCGCAGAGGUUUGUGGGUAGAACCUGGAGAAUCAAGAUGGCAGCGCCCUGCUCGAGGAUUUUGAGUCGCCCCUUAUGGCAAUUUAUUACAAAUGUCGGACGGACAGGGCUAAAACAUACAGGAGUUCGUCAAAUUUCUCUCAGUUAUGCUUGUCGAGCUGCAACGCAGACCAAAAGUAAAACGGAAAGCGUCGCGUCACCGUGGAAGGUGUACGGGGCGGUGUGUCUACAGAGGCUGCCUGUCAUAUCACAGGAGCGGAACCCGAUCGAAGACCAAUUCGCUGAGCUCAUGCAUCAGGUAAAUGUGUUUUCAUUAAUUUGUCAAUGGCAGUAGUCACUAGUAGUUUUAGGCUAGAAUAAAACCCUGCGCAUUGUUGCUCUCCAUUGUUUUGCUCCAGGGUUCGAAUUAAGGGUGAGCCGGGGGGGGGGGGGGCUCAACUCCUCUGAAUGAAGAGUUAGCUCCCCUGAAUGCAACACACUUUGUUGGUGUGUCUCUAAAUAAUGCUAAUUUAACCAUUCUUCUCUCGGUCUAAAAUGCAGUGGUAAAUAUGUUUUACAGCGGAUAAUAUGAAACUAAAAGCUUCCAAAUGAAACGAACACCCCCACCUCUCUGUCAUGGUUUAAACCAUUUAUUUCUGUGGAAGUGCUGUCCACUCAGUAGUGCUGAAUUCCGACCUCGGCUGAGCUCCUUUACGCAUCGAUUUGCCUUUGUACUUAUUCAUUUUCGCUAUUAGAUUGCCAUGCAUCCAUCCUUGAUUUAAAAAAAAUCCCUUUAUUCCAAUGCAUUAGAUUUAUCCGUUGAUGUGUCAUUGUUUGCGUUUGUCAGUCAGCUGUUUAGAGCGCUCAUUGCUUUGUUUUUCAGGUGUGUGCGGGUACAGAUGUUCUCUGUGCUAUCCGUGGGCAGUAGACCAUUUAUUUAGCUUUAUUUUUUAUCAAUCUUUAUUUUUCUUUCCUGGUUCAGCUGAUGUAGUCCCGUGUAGCUCAGUUGGUAGAGCAUGGCAUUUGAAACGCCAGGGUUGUGGGUUCGUUUCCCACGGGGGACCAGUAUGAAAAAAAAAAAUGUAUGCACUCACUAACUGUAAGAGUGUCUGCUAAAUGACUAAAAAAUAAAAUAACAAUAUAUAUAAAAAUGAUGAAUUAUUUUGGAGUGGAUGAACAUGCACAGCUAGCCUACUUAUUGAAGUGAUUUGUUUGACAAUCAGAUGAAAACAUCAUGACUGGUUGUGUUCAUGCCACAUUAAAAGGUAAUUCAUUUUUACAGUUUAAAUGAGGUCUUUGUUAAAGUCCUGGUCUCCAAGAGCCCCUCUCUCUCCUCAGGGAAGAUGUAGAUGGUAUUAUAAAGGCCUGGUCUCCAAGAGCCCCCCUCUCCUCAGGGAAGAUGUAGAUGGUAUUAUAAAGGCCUGGUCUCCAAGAGCCCCCCUCUCCUCGGGGAAGAUGUAGAUGGUAUUAUAAAGGCCUGGUCUCCAAGAGCCCCUCUCUCCGCAGGGAAGAUGUAGAUGGUAUUAUAAAGGCCUGGUCUCCAAGAGCCCCUCUCUCCUCGGGGAAGAUGUAGAUGGUAUUAUAAAGGCCUGGUCUCCAAGAGCCCCCCUCUCCUCGGGGAAGAUGUAGAUGGUAUUAUAAAGGCCUGGUCUCUAAGAGCCCCUCUCUCCGCAGGGAAGAUGUAGAUGGUAUUAUAAAGGCCUGGUCUCCAAGAGCCCCUCUCUCCUCGGGGAAGAUGUAGAUGGUAUUAUAAAGGCCUGGUCUCCAAGAGCCCCCCUCUCCUCAGGGAAGAUGUAGAUGGUAUUAUAAAGGCCUGGUCUCCAAGAGCCCCCCUCUCCUCAGGGAAGAUGUAGAUGGUAUUAUAAAGGCCUGGUCUCCAAGAGCCCCCCUCUCCUCAGGGAAGAUGUAGAUGGUAUUAUAAAGGCCUGGUCUCCAAGAGCCCCUCUCUCCGCAGGGAAGAUGUAUUACUGGUGUGUAAAUAUAAAUGAGAGGCUGCCAUCUUUGUGAUAUCCUAAUCCCAGAUGGAGCUGGAGAGAAGCUUGCUGUCGGAACAUGAACAGAGGCUCCUGGAGGACUCGGAGCGUAUGAGGCGUAAACAGGCAGACAACUAUGAUUCAGAUGAGGAGGAGGCAGACUUCGGUGGCCAGGAGACCAUCACAGCUCAGGACCAGGAGGACACCUGGGAACAGAAUCUCAAACGCUUCCAACCUGCUCUCAGAGCCAGAGGUAGGAAUCAGAGGUUGUCCUAAAUGGCACCCUAUUCCCUACACACUAGUAUGACUACUAUGCAUACAAAACAUUAGGAACAAAUCAAAUAAUAAAUCAAAUGUUGUUGGUCACAUGCUUCAUGAACAACAGGUGUAGACUAGCAGUGAAAUGCUUCAUGAACAACAGGUGGAGACUAGCAGUGAAAUGCUUCAUGAACAACAGGUGUAGACUAGCAGUGAAAUGCUUCAUGAACAACAGGUGGAGACUAGCAGUGAAAUGCUUCAUGAACAACAGGUGGAGACUAGCGGUGAAAUGCUUCAUGAACAACAGGUGGAGACUAGCAGUGAAAUGCUUCAUGAACAACAGGUGGAGACUAGCAGUGAAAUGCUUCAUGAACAACAGGUGGAGACUAGCAGUGAAAUGCUUCAUGAACAACAGGUGGAGACUAGCAGUGAAAUGCUUCAUCAACAACAGGUGGAGACUAGCAGUGAAAUGCUUCAUGAACAACAGGUGGAGACUAGCAGUGAAAUGCUUCAUGAACAACAGGUGGAGACUAGCAGUGAAAUGCUUCAUCAACAACAGGUGGAGACUAGCAGUGAAAUGCUUCAUGAACAACAGGUGGAGACUAGCAGUGAAAUGCUUCAUGAACAACAGGUGGAGACUAGCAGUGAAAUGCUUCAUCAACAACAGGUGUAGACUAGCAGUGAAAUGCUUCAUGAACAACAGGUGGAGACUAGCAGUGAAAUGCUUCAUGAACAACAGGUGUAGACUAGCAGUGAAAUGCUUCAUGAACAACAGGUGGAGACUAGCAUUGAAAUGCUUCAUGAACAACAGGUGGAGACUAGCAGUGAAAUGCUUCAUCAACAACAGGUGUAGACUAGCAGUGAAAUGCUUCAUGAACAACAGGUGUAGACUAGCAGUGAAAUGCUUCAUGAACAACAGGUGUAGACUAGCAGUGAAAUGCUUCAUGAACAACAGGUGUAGACUAGCAGUGAAAUGCUUCAUGAACAACAGGUGUAGACUAGCAGUGAAAUGCUUCAUGAACAACAGGUGUAGACUAGCAGUGAAAUGCUUCAUGAACAACAGGUGGAGACUAGCAGUGAAAUGCUUCAUGAACAACAGGUGGAGACUAGCAGUGAAAUGCUUCAUCAACAACAGGUGGAGACUAGCAGUGAAAUGCUUCAUGAACCACAGGUGGAGACUAGCAGUGAAAUGCUUCAUGAACAACAGGUGGAGACUAGCAGUGAAAUGCUUCAUGAACAACAGGUGGAGACUAGCAGUGAAAUGCUUCAUGAACAACAGGUGUAGACUAGCAGUGAAAUGCUUCAUGAACAACAGGUGGAGACUAGCGGUGAAAUGCUUCAUGAACAACAGGUGGAGACUAGCAGUGAAAUGCUUCAUGAACCACAGGUGUAGACUAGCAGUGAAAUGCUUCAUGAACAACAGGUGGAGACUAGCAGUGAAAUGCUUCAUGAACCACAGGUGGAGACUAGCAGUGAAAUGCUUCAUGAACAACAGGUGGAGACUAGCAGUGUAAUGCUUCAUGAACAACAGGUGGAGACUAGCAGUGAAAUGCUUCAUGAACCACAGGUGUAGACUAGCAGUGAAAUGCUUCAUGAACAACAGGUGUAGACUAGCAGUGAAAUGCUUCAUGAACAACAGGUGUAGACUAGCAGUGAAAUGCUUCAUGAACAACAGGUGGAGACUAGCAGUGAAAUGCUUCAUGAACCACAGGUGGAGACUAGCAGUGAAAUGCUUCAUGAACAACAGGUGGAGACUAGCAGUGUAAUGCUUCAUGAACAACAGGUGGAGACUAGCAGUGAAAUGCUUCAUGAACCACAGGUGGAGACUAGCAGUGAAAUGCUUCAUGAACAACAGGUGGAGACUAGCAGUGAAAUGCUUCAUGAACAACAGGUGUAGACUAGCAGUGAAAUGCUUCAUGAACAACAGGUGUAGACUAGCAGUGAAAUGCUUCAUGAACAACAGGUGGAGACUAGCAGUGAAAUGCUUCAUGAACAACAGGUGGAGACUAGCAGUGAAAUGCUUCAUGAACAACAGGUGGAGACUAGCAGUGAAAUGCUUCAUGAACAACAGGUGGAGACUAGCAGUGAAAUGCUUCAUGAACAACAGGUGGAGACUAGCAGUGAAAUGCUUCAUGAACAACAGGUGUAGACUAGCAGUGAAAUGCUAUAGUGCACUACACUACUUCUAGUCAGGGCCCUUUGUAUGUAGAUGGUGCCGUAGGCCCGGCAGUAUAGACCUGAUUUAAUGGCUCUGUCAACAGAUGAGACACUGACAUCUACAUUGACAUGGUAGUCAUUCAGCAGACGCUCUUAUCCAGAGACUGACAUCUACAUUGACAUGUAACUCUCUGUUCCAGUGCUUUGAUAAUCAAACUGACAUGUAACUCUGUGUUCCAGUGCGUUGAUAAUCAAACUGACAUGUAACUCUCUGUUCCAGUGCGUUGAUAAUCAAACUGACAUGUAACUCUCUGUUCCAGUGCGUUGAUAAUCAAACUGACAUGUAACUCUGUGUUCCAGUGCGUUGAUAAUCAAACUGACAUGUAACUCUCUGUUCCAGUGCGUUGAUAAUCAAACCGACAUGUAACUCUGUGUUCCAGUGAAUUGAUAAUCAAACUGACAUGUAACUCUCUGUUCCAGUGCGUUGAUAAUCAAACUGACAUGUAACUCUGUGUUCCAGUGCGUUGAUAAUCAAACUGACAUGUAACUCUCUGUUCCAGUGCGUUGAUAAUCAAACUGACAUGUAACUCUCUGUUCCAGUGCGUUGAUAAUCAAACCGACAUUUAACUCUGUGUUCCAGUGCGUUGAUAAUCAAACUGACAUGUAACUCUGUUUUCCAGUGCGUUGAUAAUCAAUCCGACAUGUAACUCUGUGUUCCAGUGCGUUGAUAAUCAAUCCGACAUGUAACUCUGUGUUCCAGUGCGUUGAUAAUCAAACCGACAUGUAACUCUGUGUUCCAGUGCGUUGAUAAUCAAACUGACAUGUAACUCUCUGUUCCAGUGCGUUGAUAAUCAAACUGACAUGUAACUCUGUUCCAGUGCGUUGAUAAUCAAACCGACAUGUAACUCUGUGUUCCAGUGCGUUGAUAAUCAAACUGACAUGUAACUCUGUUCCAGUGCGUUGAUAAUCAAACUGACAUGUAACUCUGUUCCAGUGCGUUGAUAAUCAAACUGACAUGUAACACUGUUCCAGUGCGUUGAUAAUCAAACUGACAUGUAACUCUGUUCCAGUGCGUUGAUAAUCAAACUGACAUGUAACUCUGUGUUCCAGUGCGUUGAUAAUCAAACUGACAUGUAACUCUGUGUUCCAGUGCGUUGAUAAUCAAACUGACAUGUAACUCUGUGUUCCAGUGCGUUGAUAAUCAAACUGACAUGUAACUCUGUUCCAGUGCGUUGAUAAUCAAACCGACAUGUAACUCUGUGUUCCAGUGCGUUGAUAAUCAAACUGACAUGUAACUCUGUGUUCCAGUGCGUUGAUAAUCAAACUGACAUGUAACUCUGUUCCAGUGCGUUGAUAAUCAAACUGACAUGUAACUCUGUGUUCCAGUGCGUUGAUAAUCAAACUGACAUGUAACUCUGUGUUCCAGUGCGUUGAUAAUCAAACCGACAUGUAACUCUGUGUUCCAGUGCGUUGAUAAUCAAACCGACAUGUAACUCUGUGUUCCAGUGCGUUGAUAAUCAAACCGACAUGUAACUCUGUUCCAGUGCGUUGAUAAUCAAACUGACAUGUAACUCUGUUCCAGUGCGUUGAUAAUCAAACUGACAUGUAACUCUGUGUUCCAGUGCGUUGAUAAUCAAACUGACAUGUAACUCUGUUCCAGUGCGUUGAUAAUCAAACUGACAUGUAACUCUGUUCCAGUGCGUUGAUAAUCAAACUGACAUGUAACUCUGUGUUCCAGUGCGUUGAUAAUCAAACCGACAUGUAACUCUCUGUUCCAGUGCGUUGAUAAUCAAACCGACAUGUAACUCUCUGUUCCAGUGCGUUGAUAAUCAAACCGACAUGUAACUCUGUGUUCCAGUGCGUUGAUAAUCAAACUGACAUGUAACUCUGUUCCAGUGCGUUGAUAAUCAAACCGACAUGUAACUCUGUUCCAGUGCGUUGAUAAUCAAACUGACAUGUAACUCUGUGUUCCAGUGCGUUGAUAAUCAAACUGACAUGUAACUCUGUGUUCCAGUGCGUUGAUAAUCAAACUGACAUGUAACUCUGUUCCAGUGCGUUGAUAAUCAAACUGACAUGUAACUCUGUUCCAGUGCGUUGAUAAUCAAACUGACAUGUAACUCUGUUCCAGUGCGUUGAUAAUCAAACUGACAUGUAACUCUGUGUUCCAGUGCGUUGAUAAUCAAACUGACAUGUAACUCUGUUCCAGUGCGUUGAUAAUCAAACUGACAUGUAACUCUGUGUUCCAGUGCGUUGAUAAUCAAACUGACAUGUAACUCUGUGUUCCAGUGCGUUGAUAAUCAAACUGACAUGUAACUCUGUGUUCCAGUGCGUUGAUAAUCAAACUGACAUGUAACUCUGUUCCAGUGCGUUGAUAAUCAAACCGACAUGUAACUCUGUGUUCCAGUGCGUUGAUAAUCAAACUGACAUGUAACUCUGUGUUCCAGUGCGUUGAUAAUCAAACUGACAUGUAACUCUGUGUUCCAGUGCGUUGAUAAUCAAACUGACAUGUAACUCUGUGUUCCAGUGCGUUGAUAAUCAAACCGACAUGUAACUCUGUUCCAGUGCGUUGAUAAUCAAACUGACAUGUAACUCUGUUCCAGUGCGUUGAUAAUCAAACCGACAUGUAACUCUGUGUUCCAGUGCGUUGAUAAUCAAACUGACAUGUAACUCUGUUCCAGUGCGUUGAUAAUCAAACUGACAUGUAACUCUGUGUUCCAGUGCGUUGAUAAUCAAACUGACAUGUAACUCUGUUCCAGUGCGUUGAUAAUCAAACUGACAUGUAACUCUGUGUUCCAGUGCGUUGAUAAUCAAACUGACAUGUAACUUUGUGUUCCAGUGCGUUGAUAAUCAAACUGACAUGUAACUCUGUGUUCCAGUGCGUUGAUAAUCAAACCGACAUGUAACUCUGUGUUCCAGUGCGUUGAUAAUCAAACCGACAUGUAACUCUGUGUUCCAGUGCGUUGAUAAUCAAACCGACAUGUAACUCUGUUCCAGUGCGUUGAUAAUCAAACUGACAUGUAACUCUGUUCCAGUGCGUUGAUAAUCAAACUGACAUGUAACUCUGUGUUCCAGUGCGUUGAUAAUCAAACUGACAUGUAACUCUGUUCCAGUGCGUUGAUAAUCAAACUGACAUGUAACUCUGUUCCAGUGCGUUGAUAAUCAAACUGACAUGUAACUCUGUGUUCCAGUGCGUUGAUAAUCAAACUGACAUGUAACUCUGUGUUCCAGUGCGUUGAUAAUCAAACCGACAUGUAACUCUGUUCCAGUGCGUUGAUAAUCAAACUGACAUGUAACUCUGUUCCAGUGCGUUGAUAAUCAAACCGACAUGUAACUCUGUGUUCCAGUGCGUUGAUAAUCAAACUGACAUGUAACUCUGUUCCAGUGCGUUGAUAAUCAAACUGACAUGUAACUCUGUUCCAGUGCGUUGAUAAUCAAACUGACAUGUAACUCUGUGUUCCAGUGCGUUGAUAAUCAAACUGACAUGUAACUCUGUGUUCCAGUGCGUUGAUAAUCAAACUGACAUGUAACUCUGUUCCAGUGCGUUGAUAAUCAAACUGACAUGUAACUCUGUUCCAGUGCGUUGAUAAUCAAACUGACAUGUAACUCUGUGUUCCAGUGCGUUGAUAAUCAAACUGACAUGUAACUCUGUUCCAGUGCGUUGAUAAUCAAACUGACAUGUAACUCUGUGUUCCAGUGCGUUGAUAAUCAAACUGACAUGUAACUCUGUGUUCCAGUGCGUUGAUAAUCAAACUGACAUGUAACUCUGUGUUCCAGUGCGUUGAUAAUCAAACCGACAUGUAACUCUGUGUUCCAGUGCGUUGAUAAUCAAACUGACAUGUAACUCUGUGUUCCAGUGCGUUGAUAAUCAAACUGACAUGUAACUCUGUGUUCCAGAUGUAGAUGGUACAGCACUGGGCUCAGUGGAGAGGUGUCUUGGAGACAGCCUGGUCCUGCUGGUACAGCAGACUGUUGGUAAAGAGAAGAUCUGGCUGCUGCCUCAGGCCCAGUGGGAGGCAGGGGAGACUCUCAGACAGACAGCAGAGAGAGCCUUCACCAGCCUGCCAGGUGAGACGUGUAGUAGAAAUUACUCUGCAUCCCAAAAUGCCUCCCUCUUUAGUACACUACUUUAUAGACCCUGGUCAAAAGUAGUGCUCUGAAUAGGGUGCUCUGAAUAGGGAGCCAUUUUGGGAUGCAGUGUUUCCUCUGGCAGACAUUUCCAUCAUGUGUCCAACAACAUAUGCAAGAUUCCAGCAUUAUCUGUGUAGAGCAGGGCUAUAUAUAUAUAUAUAUAUAUAUAUAUAUAUAUAUAUAUAUAUAUAUAUAUAUAUAUAUAUAUAUAUAUAUAUAUAUAUAUAUAUAUAUAUAUAUAACUACUAAUUCUGUAUCAAAUGAUAGAACCCUUCACCUAAACAUUACUGGUAUAUCAGUUAAGACUUAUUCUGUGUUCUCCAACUCUAUUCUAACUGCCAAACUAUUUUUCAUUCCAGAGGCUGAUUUCAAGGCUACGUUCCUUGGCAACACCCCCUGUGGAGUGUACAGGUACAAGUUCCCCAAAGAUGGCCGGACCGAGCGCAGCGUGGGAGCCAAGGUGUUCUUCUUCAAAGCUUUACUGUCAGGCGGUUCAGGCAGUCAGUCGGCCAGUCAGAAAGGACCUUUCCUGUGGUUGAAGAAGACUGAACUGCAGGGUUACCUGAAGCCAGCCUACUUGGAGAAGGUCAACCGCUUCAUACUCAACCUGUGAUGGACAGGAUCCGACGAGAGGUUACAGUUGUCUUUUAAAAUGUCAUCGUUGAGUCCUGGAAGUCAUACUUCUGUCAUUAGCAAACUGCUGUUUUCUCCCUCAUCCACUUUGUGUAUAAGAUAACAUGAUUAAAGUAUAUAAUUUUUUCCAACAUAUACCAUUUUUGAGUGUUGUCGGUAGGCCUAUAUCCGAGAGGAUAGAAACCCAGUCUCUUUGCCUAUGUGUUGUUGUUCUAUGCAGACAGGGUAUUGUCCUGUCCUCCACCAGAUGGCAGCAGAGAGACAGGAGGAGAGGCUGAUCAGAGAUCAGCUC